CUAAAUAUGAAUUUGAUGAAUCAGGGGACCGUUUGACACAAUAUAGUAUCGUGCAACACAAGAUAAAAGCUGACGGUUCAUGUUGCAAAAAUGAAAUUGUUGGUUUCUGGAGCAUGUCUGAUGAAAAGCUCCAAAUCCAGUAUGACAACUUGACAUGGAUGGAACCAAAAGGAACUGGAAAUAUACCUGAAUCAGUUUGUAGCAAGCCUUGUGAAUCAAACGAGAUUUAUUUCCAAGGAGAUUUGCCAUGUUGUUGGGAAUGCCGGCCAUGCAGGGCUAAUGAAAUAGUAGAAGCCAACCAAACUGAAUGCAAAAUAUGUACUAACUUUACAUGGCCAAGCACAACAUACCAAGACUGUGAGGCUAUUAUCCCUGAGUACAUUUCAUACAGCAAUCCUGUCAUUGUAACGAUCCUUGUCUUGAGCAUAGUAGGUCUCCUCAUAUGUGGCGUGGUCCUUGUUAUAUACCUUAGACAUUCUCACAUGAAAAUUCUGAGAGCAUCAUCAAUUGAACUCAGCUAUUUCAUCCUUAUGGGGAUAGCGUCAACUUACGCCACUGCCUUCAGCUUCUGUACGGACCCUGGGCUCAUUGUAUGUUACUGGAGACAACUGGGGUUCAGCAUCAGCUUCUCACUAAUUUAUGCGCCUCUUCUAACAAAAGCAACUCGUAUUUAUCGAAUCUUCAGGGCGACAGAGACAUUUGAGCAGGCGAGGAGAUGUAUGAGCAUGGGAAGCGUUGUCCUAACUGCAAGCAUACUGUGCUUUGUCCAG